AUGUCCCCAGUUGUCGCCGUGCUGGGAACGAGCGGCUGCCGCCCCCCCGGGACACCCGCAGGCUCCUGCGGAGCCCAAACACCGCCCGGUCCCUUCCUGGGGCCGUCCCCACAGGGACCCCCCGAGGGGCUGGGGGUCGCUGUCCCACCCCGCUGGGUGACAGCUGGGGACAGCGGUGACAGUGGCAUCUGCCGCUCUGGGGCAGGGCGGGUCCGGCAGCACCCCCAGACCCACCCUGGGGUGGCACCGCACCAACACGGUGCCACCUGUGUCUCCGGUGUCACCUGUGUCGCCGGUGCCACCUGUGUCUCCGGUGUCACCUUUGCUGUCGGUGUCACCUUUGCCGUCGGUGUCGCGGGCGGGACCGGCGGGGGCCGGGCCGGGGCUACAAAACCCGGGGCGCUGCCGUGUCCUGCCCGGCGGGACCGGGACCGUGACGGCGACAAGGACAGGGACAGGGCCAUGGCCGCCACCAAGGUGACAGCAGCGGCGACAGAGCUGGCGGCCGCCCGCGAGCACGGGCUGGCCGUGACCCGCGACUUCCACAGCAACCCCCGGCUGACCUACAGGACAGUGUGCGGUGUCAACGGGCCACUGGUGGUGCUGGACAACGUCAAGUUCGCCCAGUACGCCGAGAUCGUGAACUUCACCCUGCCCAACGGCACCACCCGCAGCGGGCAGGUGCUGGAGGUGAUGGGCACCAAGGCCAUCGUGCAGGUGAGCGCGGGGACACGGCGACACCGCGGGGACACGGCGACACCCCCACACGGCGACACGCGGGGGCUACGCGACCUGAGGCUCUUGGGAUCCCUCCGGGAGCAGCUGGCGCAGCAGCCGCCACCUCAGAGCCACCCCGAGGUGCCACCGCCGCCACCGCUGCCACCGCCCGCUGCCACCACUGUCCCCGACGACCCCCUGGCCGCCCUCAGGCAGAGGAAGGCGCGGAAAAACCUGGAGCAGAGUGACUCGGGGACCGAGGACAUCCGUGCCCGGGCCGUGCAGGAGAUGCUGGAGCGGAUCCGCACCGGGAUCGUCCUGCGGCCGGCCAGGGCCAGGCCACGCCCGUGCCAGGACUCCGUGGCCAGCAAGAGGAGGAGCGCAGCGCUGGAGCUGCAGGGGAUCCUGGGCGCCCUGCGGAGGCCGAGCCGGAGGCGCAGCCGGAAGAGCCGGGAUCAGGAGCGCGGAUCCGCCCUGGAGCUGGGAUCCAUCCUGGAGCGGCGCCGCCGGGCCCUGGACGCUUCCAUGGGGGAUCCCGGGGGAAACCAGUCCAUGGGCACCAAUUCCAUGGGAAACCAGUCCAUGGGCACCAAUUCCAUGGGAAACCAGUCCAUGGGCACCAAUUCCAUGGGAAACCAGUCCAUGGGCACCCAUUCCAUGGGAAACCAGUCCAUGGGCACCAAUUCCAUGGGGAACCAGUCCAUGGGCACCAAUUCCAUGGGAAACCAGUCCAUGGGCACCAAUUCCAUGGGGAAUUCCACGGGCACCAAUGCCAUGGGCACCAAUUCCAUGGGGAAUUCCAUGGCUACCAAUGCCAUGGGCACCAAUUCCAUGGGAAACCAGUCCAUGGGCACCCAUGCCAUGAGCAAUUCCAUGGCCACCAAUGCCAUGGGGAAUUCCACGGGCACCAAUGCCAUGGGCACCAAUUCCAUGGGGAAUUCCACAGGCACCAAUUCCAUGGGAAACCAGUCCAUGGGCACCAAUUCCAUGGGCACCAAUUCCAUGGGAAACCAGUCCAUGGGGAAUUCUAUGGGGAAUUCCAUGGGGAAUACCGUGGGCAUCAAUUCCAUGGGAAACCAGUCCAUGGGCACCAAUUCCUUGAGGAAUUCCAAGGGCACCAAUUCCAUGGGCACCAGUUCCAUGGGGAAUUCCAUGGGAAACCAGUCCAUGGAGAACCAUUCCAUGGGCAUCAAUUCCAUGGGAAACCAUUCCAAGGGCACCAGUUCCAUGAGAAUCAAUUUCAUGAGGAAUUCCAUGGGCACCAAUGCCAUGGGAAACCAGUCCAUGGGGAAUUCCACCGGGAAUUCCAUGGGCACCAGUUCCAAGGGCACCAACUCCACGGGCACCAGUUCCACGGGGAAUUCCACAGGAACACAGGAGCGCGACGGAGCUGGGAAGGAGCCGGACGCGGGAAACCGCGACAAGGACCGGGACCGGGAUAAGGACCAGGACCAGGACCAGGAUAAGGACCGGGAUAAGGACCGGGACCAGGACAGGGCCGGUGUCCCCUUCCGGCCCCGGGGCCUUGGUGGCCUCCCCAGGACGCGUCCCCGCCCUCGCUGGGCUUGGGACAGCGGGGACAACGCCUAGGAGCCGCUUCCCGGGAAUUCCUGCCCUCCUUUCCCGGGAUUUUCCACCUUCGUUUUCUGGGAUUUUCCCACCAUCAGUUCCCAGGGUCUUCCACCCUUUUCCCCCAAGAUUUUCCACCCUCCUCUGUUCCCAAGAUUUUCCUGCCUCCUUUCCAGGACUUCCCAUCCUCAAUUCCCAGAAUUUCCUGCCCUCAAUUCCCUGAAUUUCCCACCCUUAUUUGCCAGGAUUUCCUGCCCUCCUUUCCCAGGAUUUCCCGCCCUCCUUUCCCAGGAUUUUCCACCCUUUUUCCCCAAGAUUUUCUGCCCUCAUUUCCCAGAUUUCCUGACCUCCAUUCCCAGGAUUUCUCAGGAUUUUCCACCCUGGAUUUCCAUCAUUCCUCACCCCCCUUUCCCAGGAUUUUCCACCCCUUUUUUCCCCAAGAUUUUCCACUCUCAUUUCCAGGAUUUUCCCACCCUCAACUCCCAGGAUUUUCCUGCCUCCUUUCCCAGGAAUUUCCAUCCCUUUUUUCCCCAAGAUUUCUCCAGGACUUCCCAUGCUCAUUUCCCAGGAUUUUCCACCCUCAAUUCCUUGAAUUUUCUGCCCUCCUCUUCUAGGGUUUUCCCAGGAUUUUCCACCCUCCUUUCCCAAGAUUUUCCGGCCUCAUUUCCCAGGAUUUUCCGCCCCUCUUUCCAGGAUUUCCCACCCCCAAUUCCAAAGAUUUUCCACCCUCAAUUCCCAGGAUUUCCCAUUCUAAUUUCCAAGGAUUUCCCAUCCUUUUUCCCCCAAGAUUUUCCACCCUCCUUUCCAGGACUUCCCACCCUCAAUUCCCUGAAUUUUCCGCCCUCCUCUUCCAGGAUUUCCCACUCUCAUUUCCUGGGAUUUUCCUGCCUCAUUUCCCAGGAUUUCCCACCCUCUAUUCCCAAGAUUUUUCCAGGAUUUUUCACCCUCAGUUCCCUGAAUUUCCCGCCCUCCUCUCCCAGAUUUUCCUGCUUCUUUUCCCAGCAUUUCCCACCCUCCUUUCCCGGAAUUUCCCACCCUUUUAUCCCAGAAUUUCCCACCCUCCUGGGAACCCCUGGAAAACCGGGAUCCCCUGGAAUUCCGCCUUGCUUUGCCUUGGGAACGACCCAAGCCCCGCCCACCCCACAGAAUUCCAUCCCACCCUCCCAAAUUCCCCCAAAAUUCGGGAAUUCCUUCCCCAAAUCCCACAGAACCUCCGCCAGCUCCUCCUUUCCUACAACAUCCAAAUAAAAUCCUUUUAUUUCCCUUGGA